AUGACUGAAACUGACGUCAAGGCCAAGAAGGCGAGAUCGCCACCUUCUCACCCUCCUUUUGUCGAGAUGAUUACGGAGGCGAUUGUGGCGCUGAAGGAGAGGACAGGGUCGAGCCAGUACGCGAUCACCAAGUUCGUCGAGGAAAAGAACAAGAAUUUGCCUCAGACCUUCAGGAAGCUCCUGCUCUACAAUUUGAAGAAGCUUGUGGCUUCUGGUAAGCUCGUCAAGGUUAAGAACUCAUUCAAGCUCCCUCCUGGUCGCUCGGCUCCGGUGAAAGAGAAGCCAGACGCGCCCAAGCCUAAAAAGUCUGCUGAGGCGGUUGUCAAGUCUAAGCCGAAGCCGAAGCCGAAAACGGUUGCUAAGCCCAAGGCCAAUGUCGCGGCUAAGCCUAAGCCCAAAGCGGCUGCAAAGCCCAAGCUUAAGGCAGUGGCUACUAAACCAAAGGCGGCUGUGAAACCGAAGGCGAAGCCAGCGGCUGCCAAGCCGGCUGCUAAGGUUGCGAGAACAUCGACGAGGACGUCGCCGGGAAAGAAGGUGGAGGUGAAGGUGAAGGCGAAGGCGAAGAAGCCGGUGGCUCCGGCCAGGGCUGUGAAGAAGCCAAAGAGCGUGAAAUCUCCGGUGAAGAAGAAAGCUCAGGCGAAGAAGGGGAAGAAGUGA